AUGAGCUACUUCCUGUCCUACUGCAAAGCGCACUGCGCCGCCGUGCUCGCCCACUACCAGAGCCUGAGAGCCGAGGGCUUCCUCUGCGACAUCCUGCUGAAGGUGAAGGAAAAUGAGUUCCCCGCUCACAAGUCCCUCUUGGCGUGCUCCAGCGACUACUUCCGAGCCAUGUUCAAAAGCUACACCCGGGAAUCCCAAGCCGCUGUGAUUCAGCUCCAGGUCAUCUCCCCCACCGGGCUGCAGCACAUCCUGGAUUUCAUCUACACUUCCUUUUUGCCCCUUUCCUUUGACAGCCUGGAAGAUACCUUGGAAGCCGCAAGCUACUUGCAAGUGACCGACGCCAUCGGCUUGUGCAGUCAGUACCUGGCUAACAAUCUGGCCGUGGAGAACUGCUGCUUCUCUGCCAACGUGGCCAGGAAGUUCUACCUGCCGGAUGCCUUAGCAGCCACAGAGAAAUACAUCGUCAAGAAUCUCUGGAGGCUGCUGGAUUUGGAUUUGCCAGGGCUGCUGGAGCUGAACUUCAGGUCUUUGCUAGCCGUGGUUCAGUCGCCAGAUCUCGCCACGGUGGAAGAAACCUGCCUGUUGAAUCUGGUGCUGCAGUGGCUGAAGCAGGAUAAAUCCAGGCUGGCUCACGCCAGCAGCCUUUUGGAGCACGUAAGAUACGGCCUGGUCCCCGUGCAAGAGCUGAGGAAAACCUACACGCAGCCAGAAGUGCCUCUCUCUGCAGGUAUUAAGUGCUUGCUGAUUAAAGCCAUCAAUUACCACACGUCUGUUUUCAAGCAGCCUGUCCUGCAGGACAAGUCCACCACGCUGAGGAACCCAAAAACUGGGAUCAUCCUGCUGGGGGGAGGGACAGCGAGCGAGGGGCUGGUCACCGACGUGGUGGCCUUCGACGUCUACCAUCACAAGUGGCGAGCGCUCACGCGGCUGCGGGACGGGCUGCAGAACCACUGCGUGUGCGUGGUGGAGAACUUCCUCUAUGUCCUGGGGGGGGAAGUAGAAAGUGGUGGCCCAGGUGAGGGGAAAAGCGAGAAGGUCUUCUCGGUUACCAACCAGGUCCACCGCUACGAUCCCAGGUUCAACACGUGGGCGCGACCCGCGGGCAUGCUGGAAAAGAGGUGCCAGUUUUCCUGCUGCGUCCUGGGCAAGGAUAUCUUUGCCAUCGGUGGGAGGGGUGAAGGUGGAGGGCUGCAUUCCUCUGUGGAAGUCUACAGCAUCAGCAGGGAUAGGUGGACGAAGGCCAGGGAACUGCCGUGCAAGAUACACGGCCACGCCGGCGCCGUCUGCAAGGACGUUCUGUACAUCUCGGGGGGCAAGUGCUCAGAGCCAGGCAACACCAGCAAGGACCUCUACUCUCUGAGCUGCCCUGGGGGGCAGUGGACAAAGCAAGCCCCCAUGAGCAUCGCUCGCUUUGGGCAUCAGAUGGCCACGGUCAGAGAUGCCAUGUUCACCUUUCUGGGACUCUACGAACCCUUCUCUGAGAUAGAGAGAUACAACCCUGAGCAAAACCAAUGGACUCGGCUCAGGCCGCUCACCUACGACCGCUUCUGCUACGGGCUGGCAGUGGUGGAGGAAACAGUCCUGCUGAUCGGGGGCAAGAAAUGGCAGAACUCCAGGGAGGUGCCCACCCAAGAUGUGGUUGGCUACGACAUCGACAACGACGGCUGGGAAGAGAUCUGCAAAGCUCCCCUGCCUUGGUGUGGGCUGCAGUGCGCCGUGCUGCAGCUCUCCGACCAGCGGGACAGCGACAGCCAGUGGAAGAAGCUGCCCAGCUGCUGAGCUGGAUGGCUGUGCCACAA